UGGACUCUUUGUAUAUAAAUUGUGGAGGAGAAGAAGUUAUAACAACUGGAGGCAUCAAGUACGAAGCAGAUACAAAUUCUGGCGGGGCUGCAAAUUUUUACCAAGGAAUUAGUACUAAUUGGGCCUUUAGUAGCACCGGCGAUUUCAUGGAUAACAACAAUGUUGAUGUUUUUUUGGCUAAAAAUAAAUCUAUGCUCUCAGAAAAUAGUUCUGAGUUGAGCAUGAAUGCACGAAUCACUCCCAUAUCGUUGACAUAUUAUGGGUUCUGUCUGAUUAAUGGGAUAUACAAUGUAAAGCUUCACUUUGCUGAAAUUAUGUUUACCAAUGACAAAACCUUUAAUAGCCUUGGAAGGCGAAUAUUCGACGUUUACAUUCAAGGGAAACAUGUGUUGAAGGAUUUUAACAUUGAGAAAGAAGCUGGUGGGGUUGGCAUUGAAAUUGUGAAAGAUUUUCAAGCAGUUGUGACCAAUAGGACUUUGGAAAUUCGAUUCCAUUGGUCUGGGAAAGGAACUACCGCUAUCCCUACAAGAGGAGUAUAUGGUCCUCUCAUUUCAGCUAUUUCUGUGCAACUCCAUGGAAAAAGAGGAAACUCUGUUGCUGCUAGAAUUUCGGUUGGUGCUAUUGUUGGCAUUGUUUUUUCUGUAGUUUUUGUAAUAAUCCUGAUUCUUGCCAUUCUUUGGAGAAAAGGAUGUAUAGGACAUAGAGGCAAUAUGUAUCGAGAUCUAAAGAAUAUGGAACUUCAGACUGGUUCAUUCUCCUUGAGGCAAAUUAAAACUGCUACAAACAAUUUUGAUUCUGCUAACAAGAUUGGAGAAGGUGGUUUUGGUCCUGUUUAUAAGGGAGUGCUUUCAGACAGUACAACAAUUGCGGUCAAGCAGCUCUCUUCCAAGUCCAAUCAAGGGAAUCGUGAAUUCGUUAACGAAAUUGGAAUGAUUUCAGCUUUGCAAAAUCCAUAUCUUGUGAACCUUUAUGGAUGUUGCAUUGAAGGCAAUCAACUAUUGCUUGUGUACGAGUACAUGGAGAAUAACAGUCUUGCUCGUGCAUUAUAUGGUUCUGAAGAAUUCCAAAUAAAGUUGGAUUGGUUCACAAGGUAUAAAAUCUGCAUUGGUAUAGCCCGUGGUCUGGCUUAUCUCCACGAAGAGUCGAGGCUUAAGAUAGUUCAUAGAGACAUUAAAACUACAAAUGUGUUACUUGAUAAGGAUCUUAACCCAAAGAUAUCUGAUUUUGGUCUAGCCAAACUUGAUGAAGAAGACAACACUCAUAUAAGCACAAGAAUUGCUGGAACUUAUGGUUAUAUUGCUCCAGAAUAUGCAAUGCAUGGCUACCUAACCGACAAAGCUGACGUGUACAGUUUUGGAGUUGUUGCACUUGAAAUUGUUUGCGGGAGAAGUAACACGACAUAUGGACCGAAGGAGAAUGGUAUAUGCCUUCUCAAUUACGCUCGCAUCUUAAAAAACAAUGGGACUCUUAUGGACCUUGUGGAUAGGAGGCUGGGCCUAGAGUUCAACCAAGAUGAGGCAAUGGUGAUGAUCAAUAUAGCUCUGGUUUGCACUAAUGUCACGGCUGCUGCAAGGCCUGCCAUGUCUAAUGUCGUGAGCAUGCUUGAGAACAGGAUGGUUCCCGAGAACUUGUUAUUGGAUUCAGACUCAAACAUCUCUACUAAUGAGGCUGAAAUUAAACAGAGAAUAGCUCAACUUCAAGAAACUGAUGUCAAGAUAAGUGUCACUCACAACUCAAUGUCAGGGCAAUGGACAGCUUCUUCUACAUCAGCUGGAGAUCUUUACCCGAUUUCGAUAAAUUCGGGUUACUUGGCAAAGAGAGACCGUGAGUAAAGACAAUGGUUAAGAUUAUUGUGUUUGUUUAAUUA